AUGGACAUUUUAAGAACUGAACUAAUGGCAGAAGCACUGCUAACUGCUCUCUCGAAAAUUGGUACCGUUUUAGGAGAUGAAGUCAUCAAAUUCAUCAUCGCUGAAGCAUCUAAAAAGGCAACUAAUCUGAGGGAGCUACCAGAAAAUAUAAGGCACAUUGAGAGAGAAUUGAAUAUGAUGAGAAAUGUAAUACAAGAUUUGGAUACCACAAAUCUCAGCAUCAAUGUGGUCAAGGGAUGGAUUGGGGAGCUGAGAAAGGUGGCCUUCCAUGUGGAAGAUGUAAUGGAUAAAUACUCAUAUCACGCUUUUAAGCUGCAGGAAGAAGGAUCGCUGAUGUGGUUCAUCAAAGGAGCACAAAAUGCCAAAAUUUUCAGUGAUAUUGCUGAUGAGGUGGUUCGUAUAAAGGGUGAGAUUGAGCAAGUAAAACAACUGCAGAAGGACUAUUUCCCUGCUCUCCAAGUUCCAGCAAGCCCUGUAAUUGUUCGACAUGGAUCCCAAACCUUCUUGCCAGAGCUUAUUCAAGAUGAAGAUCUCGUGGGGAUUGCAUUGAAUCAGGCAAAGUUGAUUGGAUGGCUUCAUAGCAAUGAGCCAAACAACAAAGUGAUAACGGUGUCGGGUAUGGGUGGAUUGGGAAAGACCACUCUGGUCAUGAAUGUUUAUGAGCGUAUGAAGAGCGAGUUCCCUGUCAAUGCCCGGAUCACUGUGUCACAGACCUACACAAUAGUUGGUUUGCUGAGAGAACUAUUCAGAGAGAUUGGGAAGCACACAUAUAAGCCAUCAGAUAGCAUCGAAAGUAUGGAUGCCUACAAGCUGAGAGAAGAAAUUAAGAAUGUCCUAGGUACCAGAAAAUGUUUGUUUGUCUUGGAUGAUGUUUGGAACAUGGAAGUGUACCAUCAAAUGAUGGAAGACAUUUUCAAUACUCUUCGAGCAAGCUGUGUCAUCAUCACAACACGGAGAGAAGACGUUGCAUCUCUUGCAUGUUCAGGAUGCCAUCUUCAGCUCCAGCCUUUGGGACGUUCCCAUGCACUCGACCUCUUCUGUAGAAGAGCCUUUAAAAACACGGCUGAGUGUCCCCAAGAGCUUGAGGAUGUGGCUGCUUCCAUAGUAGAAAGGUGUAAGGGCUUGCCAUUGGCACUUAUAUCUAUGGGCAGCCUCAUGUCCUCCAAGAAACCAACUAAACAUGCCUGGAAUCAAAUGUACAAUCAGUUCCGGGUUGAGCUAGCUAAACCAGACAAUGUGCAGGCAAUUUUGAAGCUUAGCUACAAUGAUUUACCAGGGAACCUCAGAAAUUGUUUCCUGUACUGCAGCCUAUUUCCAGAAGAUUGCAUCAUGUCGAGAGAGAGCCUUGUCAGGCAGUGGGUUGCUGAAGGAUUUGCAGUGACCAAAGAAAACAACACACUGGAGGAUGUGGCUGAACUAAUUCUGGUGGAGCUCAUUACUAGGAAUUUGCUGCAAGUUGAAGAGUAUGAUGAGCUUGGUAGGGUGAACACAUGUAAGAUGCAUGACAUUGUGCGUGACCUGGCUCUUUCAAUAGCUAGAGAUGAAAAGUUUGGCUCUGCAAGCGAUCAGGCUGCAGUGAUAAAUAUGGACCGGGAAGUGCGCCGACUAUCAUUGUGUGGAUGGAAUGGAAGUGAUGCACCAAGAGUGAAAUUUCCACACCUUCGCACUGUAUUUUCACUUGAUGGAGUCAAGUCGCUCCCGGAGUGUAUUGAGAAGCUAUCCAACCUACAGACACUGGACAUCAAGCAAACAAAAAUAGAGAAGCUACCAAGAGGCAUAGUCAAGGUCAAGAAGCUGCGGCAUCUGUUAGCUGACAGAGUGGUGGAUGAGAAGCAGAAAGAUUUCCGGUACUUCACAGGGGUACAGCCACCCAAGGACCUCUCUAACUUGGUGGAACUUCAGACUCUGGAGACUGUGGAAGCAACAAAUGACUUGGCAGGCCAACUGGACAACCUCAGAAAACUAAAAAGCGUGUGGGUUUGCAAAGUUACUGCCAUCCAUUCUGCAGAUCUUUUUCCUGCAGUAUCUAAGCUGCCACUUCUUGCCUGUUUGCUUCUUAAUGCAAGUGAUGAGGACCAGACACUGCACUUGGAAACUCUCAACCCACAGUCCAAGCAGUUCCACAAGUUGAUCGUCAGGGGCCGCUGGGCUGCCGGAACACUGCAGUGCCCAAUAUUUCAAGGCCAUGGGAAAAACCUCAAGUAUCUAGCUCUAAGCUGGUCUGGUCUUCAGGAAGACCCGCUACUGCUUAUUGCUCCACAUGUACCAAACCUCACCUAUCUGAGUCUUAACAGGGUGAGCAGCACAGAGACAAUGGUUAUUUCUGAAGGGUCCUUUCCACAGCUAAAGACACUAAUACUGAAGAACAUGCUCAAUGUCAAGCAGUUGACAGUUGGGAAGGAUGCUCUUCCAAAUAUUGAAGGUUUAUAUAUUGUGGCGCUGCCGACACUGAAUAAGGUUCCUCAAGGAUUUGAAUCCCUUGUGUCUUUAAGGAAGCUGUGGUUACUGUCUCUGCAUAAGGAUUUCAAAAUCCUGUGGGAGCUAAGUAGAAUGCGCCAGAAGAUGCCAGAAGUGGUGGAGGUUCGCGUCGAGUGA